AACAAAUCUGUCAUAUAUCAAUCUUUUUCAAGGUUAGUAAUAGCUAAUAAGCAAAAAAGAGAUCAUGGCUGGCUCUUCCUCUCUACCUACUAAUUUCGCCAAAAGGUUACAAGGCAAGGUGGCCUUGAUAACAGGAGGAGCCAGUGGGAUUGGAGAGGGCACAGCAAGACUCUUUGCUCGACAUGGAGCCAAGGUUGUGAUUGCAGAUGUCCAAUCCGAUUUGGGUCACUCUGUGUCCAAGGAAAUCCAAUCGGAAUCUGGACAACCAGUCUCCUACGUCCAGUGUGACGUAGCCAAAGACUCUGAUGUGGAAAACGCAGUGAAAACAGCCGUUUCAAUGCACGGAAAGCUUGACAUAAUGUUCAACAAUGCCGGAAUCACAGGGAAAUAUGAUUCCAGCAUAUUAUCAAUAGAACGUGAAGAUUUCAAGAAAGUUUUUGACAUAAAUGUGUAUGGUGGGUUAUUGGGGGCCAAACAUGCAGCAACAGUAAUGAUCCCACAAAAGAAAGGGUGUAUUUUGUUCACUGCAAGUAUUGCUUCAGUGAGCUAUGGUGGGAUCCCACAUGCCUACACUGCAGCAAAGCAUGCAGUUGUUGGGUUAACUAAGAACUUGGCAGUGGAAUUGGGGAAGCAUGGAAUUAGAGUUAAUUGCAUAUCGCCAGCAGGAAUUCCCACUCCUUUAGCUGCCAAGGCGAUGGGAGGUGUGGACUUGAAGACAGUGCAAGAAGCAAGCAUGGCAGUUGCAAAUCUUAAAGGAGUAUCUGCAGAUGCUAAUGAUAUAGCAGAGGCUGCUUUGUAUCUUGGAAGUGAGGAGUCUAGGUUUGUGAGUGGUUUGAAUAUUGUGGUUGACGGAGGUUACAGCCUCAGAAAUUAUUCAAGCGCAAAUUAAGCCUUAAAUCAGCCAUUGAGUUCUAAAUAAGCAUGGAAUUAGAUAUCUGACUCAACAAGGGUUCAAACUAAUUAUCCCUUCUUCUUUGGUUUCUGAAGUACCAAAAAAAUAAUAAAUAAGGAUUAUUUGUUUGCUUAUUUUCAAGUUUUUAAUGUUCAUUCUUGAAUUUCUUUUUUAAUAAAAAAUUAUAUUCUAUUUUG